AUGCCCAGCGACGCGAUCGGCAUACGAUCCAACACGACCUCCAGCUCGGAGACCAUGCCCCGCGACGCGUCCAACUGGAUCGUCAAGACAUACUCGUCUUGUACGGCGAGCCCCUCGCUCACUGUACACGGCGAGCCCAACGCUUGCGAUGAUACCGCCAUCGACGUGCUCAGACGUACGUCAAUCGGCUCAUCCGCAUUGACGUCUGCCACCGCAUCGACAACGAAAGAGGCAAGAUCGUUGACGCCUAUCCUCAAUACAUCGCCGUUGCAUACGUCGAGCUCGUUGCUCAACGUGUCCGGCGCGAUGAGCACUCACGAUCAGGCCGUAGUCGACGUGCUCAGAAGCUUGCCAACCACACCCAAUCCGACAAGGCGCAAGACCAGCCCGGUCAAGGCACCGUCAAGCGACGCAGUCAGCGUGCGAUUGAGCACGACCGACUCGUCCACCAUCAAGACAUUGUCGCCGAGUAAAGCGAGCCCUUUGCUCGCUGCAUACGGCGAGACCAACACCGGUGGCAACGCCGCAAUCAACGUGCUCAAACGCUCGUCGACCAGCUCAUCGACAUCGCAGGCUGCACCAGCGUCGACCGCCUCUACGUCAACGGGAUGCAAGGUUCCGGAUUCGACACUGACCGUGUCGUCCAGCCUCAAGCACUCGGUCAUGAUGGACAAGAGCCUGGCGAAGGGCAGUACAUCCCACUUGAAGGAUGUACUGACUUUGUCAGCAUCGUCAUCAAUGAGUACUGUGAAUCGCGCGCAAGAUGUGCGGUCUCACUUGAGCUCAUACGAGCGGUACAGGCCCCCCGCACUACGUGAUCAAGCUCCGAUCCGUGCGCACAAAGAGUCGACCUCGGACGUGCGCGGUACAUCCCCCGUCAAGAUGCUGUCGUCAAGCACAGCGAGCUCAUCGACACCACUGAACACGUUAGCCUCGACAACACGCGAGGCUCGUGACAAGACCGCCCUGCGCGAGCACGACAGCGUGAAGGAACGCAGUACACCCAUUCUGUCGGAUGUACUGUCGUCCUCACGUCCGUCAGCUUCGUCGAAGACUAGGAAGCCGGGCAGAGCGUCAGACACCCAAACCAGCAAGUCGGUCAGCUUCUCGACAAACGAGAAGGCUGACAAGGUCAAUCUGGACGAGGACGAAGACGAGAAGGGCAGUACACCUGAGCCAGGUGUACUGACUUCUUCACGAUCCACGGCUCGUCCGACAUCGAGUACGAGUCGACGCAAUGGCAAUGGCGGAGACCUGCGCGGACGCAAGUCCAACCUCGACACAUCUGUGUCGAGUCCCUACACGUCAGGUACCCGCCGCACGUACGAGGAACCGACCUCGCACGCGCGCACGACCUCGACCACCAAGACCGCCAAGCGGGUCGUCGAGCAAUCGACGAGGCACAGUACGCCCGAGUCGCCGGACGUACUGACCUCAUCGUACUCGAUGGCUGAGCUGGAAUCAAGACGCCUGGCGCUCAUCGCCUGA